UUUCUACGCCCACCUGCUUUCACGCCCACCAAACCAGACCUCCUCCUUCCCUCCCUCCCUCUCCCUGUCGCUCUCUCCCGGCUCGCGGCCGCAUCUCUACACUCUCCCCACUUGAAUCAACCAGGCAUGGCCUUAUCACGGGCAGCUUCGUCUACGCCGCACGCCAACCUCCUCAAGCCCCUCGCCGCCGCCAUUUCCUCCUCCUCCUCCUUCUUCCGCCGCUCGAUCUCCACGGACACCACGCCGAUCACCGUCGAGACCUCCGUCCCCUUCACCGCCCACAGAUGCGAGGCCCCGUCGCGGACUGUCGAGACGACUGGCCAGGAGCUGGUCGGCUUCUUCCGGCUCAUGGCCUUGAUGCGCCGCGCCGAGAUCGCCGCCGACUCCCUCUACAAGGCCAAGCUGAUCCGAGGGUUCUGCCACCUCUACGACGGGCAGGAGGCCGUCGCCAUCGGCAUGGAGGCCGCCAUCACCAAGAAGGACUGCAUCAUCACCGCAUACCGCGACCACUGCACCUUCCUCGGCCGCGGGGGCACUCUCCUGGAGGUGUUCUCGGAGCUUAUGGGGAGGCAGGCCGGCUGUUCCAAGGGAAAGGGGGGAUCGAUGCAUUUUUACAGGAAGGAAGCUGGAUUUUACGGCGGUCAUGGAAUCGUCGGGGCUCAGAUUCCGUUGGGUGUUGGAUUGGCCUUUGCACAGAAGUAUAAUAAGGACGAAAGCGUGAGUUUUGCUUUGUAUGGCGAUGGCGCUGCCAACCAAGGGCAGUUGUUCGAAGCGCUUAACAUGGCCGCGCUGUGGGAUUUGCCCGCUAUUUUGGUCUGCGAGAACAAUCACUAUGGAAUGGGGACAGCAGAGUGGAGAGCUGCGAAGAGUCCUUCAUAUUACAAACGUGGAGAUUACGUACCGGGCUUAAAGGUGGACGGUAUGGAUGCCCUUGCUGUGAAACAGGCAUGCAAAUUUGCUAAGGAGCAUGCUUUGAAGAAUGGCCCUAUCAUUCUUGAAAUGGACACAUAUAGGUAUCAUGGCCACUCCAUGUCAGACCCUGGGAGCACAUACCGUACUCGUGACGAAAUCAGUGGCGUACGACAGGAACGUGAUCCAAUUGAAAGAAUUAGAAAGCUGCUAUUAUCUCUUGACCUGGCAACAGAAAAGGAGCUGAAGGAUAUCGAGAAGGAAGUAAGAAAAGAGGUUGAUGAAGCUAUUGCUCAAGCCAAGGAAAGUCCAAUGCCUGAUCCAUCUGAACUGUUCACAAAUGUGUAUGUGAAAGGUUAUGGAGUUGAGAGCUUUGGACCAGACAGGAAAGAAGUAAGAGCUGUGCUUCCAUGAAAUUGAAUUUUUCUGGGAAGCAUCAAGAACUAUUCUGACCUCUGCAGAUGCCAAAGUUGCGAACAUAAGGAAGAAUAACAGGCGGGACCAAGAUGACUGCCAAUUUGUGGCCUCCUUGUUGUCUUUUUUGCCUUUUGGUAUAUGUAGCAGAGGCGAACUACAGUCAUUUUUUGCUCGACUCUUUUUUUUUUUUUUUUACGGUUCGUCUAUUUUUUGGGGUUUUCUUGGUUGCUUUCUUUUCUUGAGUUUGAAAAGUUUCAUGAAUGUGCCAAAGUUGUUUUGAACACAUAUCGUAGCGACCUUUUGAAGCAGUCCGUUGAUUUAGCAGUUGCUGUGCUGUUUGUGUUCUGCCAAAAUAAAAGAGCAUUGAUGAAAUUCACUUUUACUCUGACACAAUAAGAGCUUUGGACCAGCCGUUGGGGGCUAUUAA